CUCGCUUCCGCGAACCACAACAUUUACCGGGGUGGCUCAGCCCGCGGGCGGGCGGGGAGGACGGCACGGCAUUUUCUCGUGUCCCGUUGCCGCCCGCCCCUGUGGCGCGCGGGCCCCGCUGGCGGCGGGGAGCGGGGAGGAUACCAAAAUAUUUACCUCACGCAAAUACAGCAUAUUUCAGUGUAAUUCUUUCUGCUUAAGCUGCUUUUGAAAUGGAUUGAAGGAAGCAUGCGACAUACAGUUGGUAACCAGUAACUUCCAGAUGGCCAGAUCAGAACCUCAGGACAGAAAUUACGAUAAUGUGGUAAAGAUGGUAGAGGACCUGAACAGAGACUUAGAGAAGCUUGUGGAGGAAAUGGAAAAAAUGACAGUGCAGGCAACCUGGAUGGCAUAUGACAUGGUAGUAAUGCGUACCAACCCAGACCUGACCAAUUCCAUGAGGCGUCUGGAAGAUGCCUUCCUGAAUUGCAAAAAAGAGAUGGAGAAAAAAUGGCAAGAAGUGCUAAUGGAAUCUAAAGGUGAAGAGCAAAAAAAGGAAUAAAUUAGUCAUGCUGUCAGAGCUACAUCCCUUGGAAAAUCUCUCCAGUCUUUUUGUUUUCCAGCCGUGGAGGUUUCACAAACACCAUGGAAAAUGGAUUGCCAUUCAUUUUACUAAGAAAUACUUAUAUGUGUACAUUUAUGGAAAUAUUUUGAUGAGUAUACAUACAUGUAUUAAUAUUGUUGAAUAUACAAGGUAACAAGGUGUCUAUUUUUAUUGCA